AUGCUCGUAUUGUACGAGACCGCGAUGGGCUUCUGCCUCUUCAAAAUGUCCGACUCGGGCAAACUCACGAGCCCGGACCUGCACAAGGAGUUUGAGUCGGCUGAGAAGGCGAAUAAGCUAUUGAAGCUCAAGGCACUGCAUCGCUUCACUUCUACGGCAACGGCCGUCGAGGAGAUCACCGCCAUUCAGGAGGGCAAGCUCGGCAAGGGCCUCAAGCAGUUCCUCACCGAGGAGGUUGUGGAGAAGGGAAAGGGAAAGGAGUCCCUCGUCGUCGUAGACUCCAAACUGGCACGGCCAAUCAACAAAAAGCUGGGCAUUAAUGUCCUCAGCGACGCCGACUCACUCGAUCUUUUCCGCGGCAUUCGCAGUCAAUUGACAGCCCUCCUCGAUGGUCUUGACCCCAAGGAUCUCGCCACUAUGAGUCUCGGUCUAUCACAUUCACUCUCUCGUUUCAAGCUCAAGUUCUCGCCCGACAAGGUCGACACCAUGGUCGUACAGGCUAUUGCACUUCUCGACGAUCUCGACAAGGAGAUCAACAUCUAUGCGAUGCGUGUGAAGGAGUGGUACGGUUGGCAUUUCCCGGAAAUGACCAAGAUCCUUACAGACAACAUCGCCUACGCCAAGACGGUCAAGCUCAUGGGGUUCCGUACGAACGCCUCAUCAACCGACUUCUCUGCCGUCCUUCCUGAGGACCUCGAGGCUACGAUCAAGGCCGCGGCUGAAAUUUCUAUGGGUACUGAGAUCUCCGACGCCGACAUUGCGCACAUCCACGCCCUUUGCGACCAGGUCAUCUCCAUCGCCGCAUACCGCACACAACUGGCGGAGUACCUCCGCAACCGCAUGGUGGCUAUCGCACCUAACCUGACUGCUCUCGUCGGAGAACUUGUUGGCGCGCGUUUGAUCAGCCACGCUGGUAGCCUCUUAAGCUUGGCGAAGCACCCUGCCUCGACAGUACAGAUUCUCGGCGCUGAGAAGGCGUUGUUCCGUGCGCUCAAGACGAAGCACGAUACACCCAAGUACGGCUUGAUUUACCACGCAUCACUUGUCGGCCAGGCGCCACCGAAGCUGAAGGGCAAGAUGGCACGCAUGGUUGCGACGAAGACGGCGUUGAGCGUCCGUGUCGACGCACUAUCGGAUGCUGAUGGCAAGUCGGAGCCGACUGCGCCAAGUAUCGGCGUUGAGAACCGCGCGAAGCUUGAGGCAAGGUUACGGAUGCUUGAGAUGGGCGAUGAGGCGGGCAGCGCGAGGCGUUUCGCCGGUAACGGCACGCAGCAGAGCAAGUUCUCGAUGACGGGCGGCGCGAGCACGUACAACGAUGCUGCAGACUUUGUCAGCACACAACGUGAGCCGGCACCGGAGGAGCGUGCGGUGCAGGCCGUGUUGUCGGUUAAGGAGGACAAGGAGCGGGAGAAGGAGGAGAAGAGGAGACGGAAGGAGGAGAAGCGGGCGAAGAAGGCGGCUGCGGAGGCGCAGGAUGAGGCCAUGGAGGUUGACGGUGAGGAAGAGACUGCGGCCGACAAGAAGGAGAAGAAGCGGAAGCGGAAGAGCGAGGUGAAUGGUGACGCCGACGUUUCAAUGGCAGAUGCUGGGGAGGAGGAGACGAAGGAGCAACGGAAGGCACGAAAGAAGGCGGAGAAGGAUGCCGCUGCAGCGGCGGCGACAGCAGAGGCGGGCGCGGACGAGGGCGCGAAAAAGAAGAAAAAGAGGAAAUCGGAGGCAUGA